AUAAACCAGUAGGGAUGGCAGACCCAGACGUACAACUGGUGGAGAUGUCUGUAUCAAAGACUUGGGGUCCGGGUGUUCUGAAAUUAUGAAGCAGUUGCCUUCCUGAGCAAAUACAACAGAGAGACCUCACCAACAUACAGCUAUGGAGAGCCCAUGGGAUAUUGAGAGGGUUUCCGUGUUGCUGUCAAAACUCCUUGAGAGGGAAAUCUUGGGGUCAAGGGAGAUAAUGGACUUCAGGAGAAGAGAAAUGCUUGGACAGGAAUAUAUAGAUAACAUUCUUGAUGACGUAAAAAUAAUGUUCUGUGGAAGUACCAUUGAAGGAGUUAGUCUACCUCGUUCAGAUGUUGACGUUAUGUUGGUGGAUAAAUAUGUGGAGGUUAUGUAUCCCGAACAGCAUGUUUCUCCAGACAGUACAAGAAGGACUGUGCUGUAUGUGAAAGAGGCCGACUGUCGACCUGGAUAUGUUGCCUUACAAUUAGGUCAUCUUGGACAGAAAAUUGCAGAGUGUUUAUGCAAUUCACUUGUUCCCAUUGGAAAGGCUAUAUUUGUUUCAAGUGACAUGUACAGAGAACAGCAUGUAAAAAAACUAAAUAGCCCAGCAAUGCCUAUGAAUUCAAAUGGGCCGAGCACUUCGAACGGUUUUUUAGAUAUGGUAAGAUGCUUUCACUGUAACAGUUGGCCAAGGGAGGCUAACCAAUGGGUGACACGUCCUCGUCUGUAUGGAUGGCCAACACAAGCACUGAUUGACAGAGUUGUACAAAGUGGUUGUCAUCUUGUCCCUGUAGGGGACAAAUGUUCCGACGACACACUAUUGCAGUGGAGGAUAUCGUUUGCAUCAGCAGAGAGACUGUUAGUUCACUCUUUUAGUCACAUACAAAUGAAAGUUUACUUUUUGCUGAAAUAUUUCUUGAAACAAUUGAAAGACACUUUGCGAAAUAUCAUUGGGAAAAAAGAUGAUGAUAUUUUGUGCUCUUAUCAUUUAAAAACACUGAUGUUUUUUUCAAUGGAAAACUCUCAUCCAAAGCUCUGGCAGGAACAAAAAUUAUUUCAUUGUUUCUGGUUUUGCUUUAAUAUUUUGAUAUCUUAUGUCAGGGCAGGACACUUCCCCCAAUACUUCAUUCCAACCAACAACUUGUUCCAGAGAAAGGUUCAUGGACAAAAUCAACAAAAGCUAUUUCACAUUUUCGACAGGUUUCAUAUAAAGAAGUUACUUUGUCUAUCAAAAGGUCCUGGGACACGUCACCAUCCGGUAGAUAUACUGCAACGUGUUUGUAGUGUUGAAGUGCAAACCAAACUAAUGUGUGCACAAACUGCACAAGAAAUCGAGUACACACAAGACAUGUUUGCCAAAUGUACAUUGCAGAACAAGAGGGUGGUGAAAUCUUUGGAUGCUAAAGAUAUAUCAUUUGCCAUUAUCAGAUCAAUAGAUUUACUAAUGAAAUCUCAUUCGGAAGUAGACGAAGUGCUCACAUUUGCAAACACUGUCAAAUUGGUAUCUCAAUUAGCAAGUUCAGAAGCUCAACAAAACCUGAUGGGUGGGCUUACAAACAACAAGACCAGGUAUCGCACCUUGAGGAAGUGUCAACACAGGUUGACACUUUGUGCCUCAAUGGGCACAAAGGUUUUGGAUUUGGCAACUCUUCACUACCUCACAGGGAACUACUUGAACGCCCUACAGAUGUGUAAACAAAUAACUUCACAGCCAUCAUAUUUCACCUUUACUAGAACUCUCUUGCACGAAAAACAAGAAGCAAUGUAUAUAAAGCAAUACUGUGGCAAAGGAUAUACCUCAAUUUACAAACUGAAGAAAAUAUUCACAGAAAUAAUAAAAGUAAAUAACAAAUUGAUGCAUCUUCCCCACUUUCGCUUGGUGGUAUCAAGAAACCCAAUAUAUGGUGUGCCUACUACUCCACUAUCAUAUGCUGUGUUCCUGUCCUUCCUUUGCUGCCAUGAGCUCAGAGACAAAAGAGGACGUGAUUUAGCACUACGUAACAUGAAAUUGCUCAGCUUAGAUGACUGCCACAGAGGACACUGGAUGGUGCAUACAAUGUUGGGAAUAUGUUACGAAACCAUUGGGGAAUACCCUAGGGCCAUCAGAGCUUACCUGGACUCAGCUAAUAAACCGAUAGAGGAUUGGGAGCAAAACCCUGCUCUGGAAAGGAUUGCUGCUCUUAGGAGAUUUGCCACUUGAUGCCAUUAUCCUAAAGUGUCUUUAGACUCUGUGUUUACAAUGGUCAAGUGAUAAAUACUAUUUGUGAAGUGAGGGUAAUAAACACUGGUUACCUCGCUCAAAACAAAAUCUUGUUGACAGAGGGACCUGAUCAAACUGAAACCUGUAAAAACUGUAAACAUCUAUAAACCAGAACUUCAACUAUGUUUACCUGUACACAUUUCUGUGUAAAAUAUACCUGUGUCACCUGUAUACCUGUAUAAACAAGACCUUCAACUAGGUCCCACUGUAAAUAUUUUGAUGUAACCCUGUAAAAUCUGUAUAUCUGCAUAAAACAGACCUUCACGUAUGUCUGUACACAUUUCAUGUAAACUCAACCUGUAUAAUAUGGAUACCUGUAUAAACAAGACCUUCAACCAGGUCCAACUGUAUAUAUUUUUAUGUGAUCUGAACCUGUGGAAGGUUGGAUACUUGCACAAACAAAAUCUAGGUCCAACUGUACACACUUUUUAUGUAAACAAAGCCUGUGUUAUGUGGAUACCUGUAUAGAACAGACCUUUAACUAGGUCCAACUGUAUAUAUUUUAUGCAAACAGAGCCUGUUUUAUGUGGAUACCUGUACAAACAAAAACUUUCAUCUAGGUCCAACUGUGUUUAUUUUUAUGCAAACUGAACCUGUGUAAUAUGGAUACCUGUAUAAACAAGACCUUCAACUAGGUCCAACUGUAUAUAUUUUAUGCAAACAGAGCCUGUUUUAUGUGGAUACCUGUACAAACAAAAAGUUUCCAACUGUGUUUAUUUUUACGUA